AUGUCCAACAAAAGGAUGUAUUAUUUCAUGACAAAAGUGCUAAACCAGAGCAGACUGCAGGGUCGAGUGGACACCCGGUGGAGAGCCCACCUGGCCCUGACUGAGACUCAGAGGCCUGAGUGGAGAGCGCUUUACAAGCCCCCGCUGACAAAGAGGCUUGGGGAUCUACAGUGGAGGAUUCUGCACGGCGCGGUUGCUGUCAAUGCCUUUGUUUCAGUGAUCAACCCAGCUGUUUCUGACACCUGUCCGUUCUGUGACCAAAGGGAAACCAUCUUCCACUGUUUCUCAGGAUGUGAUCGACUCCUUUGUCUCUUUCAGUUACUGACCCAGAUGUUUGUUUUGUUUGGUGAGAUUUUUUCCCCCCAAGUGUUCAUCCUUGGUUACAGGUACACCCAGAGACAAAAGGUGAAAUGUCAGCUCCUGAAUUUUUUGUUGGGCCAGGCCAAAAUGGCCAUCUACCUCAGCAGGAGACAUAAAGUUGGGGACUCGAUGGCCUGUGAUGCUGUGCUGAUCUUUAAAUGCAUGGUGAGAGCGAGGGUCAAAACUGAUUUCAGUUAUUUUCGUCUGACAGAAAAUGUGGGUGUUCACGUUGGCCAGUGGCUGAACGGUUGUGAAUGGGAUGAUGAGACUGAUGAGGAUAAAAGUUUUGGUCAGUUCGGUUAUAACGGAGAAGAGUUCAUAUCAUUUGACCUGGAGAGAGGGACAUGGAACGCUCUAAAACCAGAGGCUGUCAACAUCAAACACAUGUUGGAGCAAAAAAAAACUCUGAUAGCACUGUACAAGUACUACCUCACCCAGAAGUGUACUGAGUGGCUGAAGAUAUUUGUGAACUAUGGGAGGAGCUCUCUGCUGAGAACAGACCUCCCCUCAGUGUCUCUCCUGCAGAAGUCUCCCUCCUCUCCAGUCGGAUGCCACGCUACAGCUUUCUACCCGGACAGAGCCGUGAUGUUCUGGAGGAAAGAUGGAGAGGAGCUUCAUGAAAACGUGGAACAUGGAGAGAUGCUCCCCAACCACGACGGAUCCUUCCAGAUGAGCGUAGACCUGAACAUUUCUUCAUUCCCAGCCGAAGACUGGAAGAAGUACCAAUGUGUUUUUCAUCACUCUGGUGGGGAGCACAUCGUCACAGUACUGGACCCAGCAGAGAUCAGGACCAACAACGAUACAACUGGAAUCACAAGUGCUGAAGGAGAUCUCAGCUACAUUUACAUUAUUGCUGCUGUGGCUGCUCUCGCCCUCAUCGCUGUGAUUGGAUUUGUGGCUUACAAAAAGAAAAAGGCCAAACACAUUCCAUCUCCUGACCGCGGCUCUGAGCUCUCUGAGAAACUGAAUCCAGAUCCAAGAUAAACCCACCCUGCACACAGCGAGGUGCUUCAUCAACUAUAAAAUCCUGUUGUUAAACAAAUCUGUCCUAAGAUACAGAACCUCCUCUGAUUCUGUAUCUGCGGUAAAACCUUUGACACUUUGCUGCUAGGGUUAAAAAAAGCAUAGUAGUUCCAAAAGUGUUUUAUAAAACACUUAAUUCUGGAUAUUUUGAAUCAUUGUUAAUAUGUUGCUUUGUGGAAAGUAAAAUCUUCUUUACACAUUAUGGGAAGUUAGAAAUGGGAAGAGGUUUUUUUUAUAUCACAGUAGUGAAUUAUUCUGAGUUGUAUGUCAUGAGUUGGACACAUAUUUUCUCAUAAGUGUACUUAUCCAGAACUCUAAAUAAUAAUGUAUGACUUCGUGGUUUUCUGAACUAAUCAGGAAUAUGUUGCUUUUGUUUCAUAAGAUGUUUUAUCUUUUUCUCAUAGUUCUGUUUUGAUUUGAUCCUCAAAGGGUUGUGGGAUGUUUAAGCCUUUCAGCACACUAAUGUAAAUAUUCCUGUAGAUAUUUCCUGCAAGUGUUUAGUGACAAUUGAGAUUUUCUCUUAGUUUUAUAAACUGAAUUCAUUGAACUGUGAUACUCAAACUCACUUCUGUGUUGGGCUAGGUUUGAGUAUCAAAAUAACUGCAAUGCUAUCAUUUUUUUGCAUUUUCUUCAUUUGUUCGCUUUUCAAUAAAGACCCGUUUUUUCCA